AUGGUCAUGGAGAGAAGUUGUUUCCUCUUGUCAAUCACCGUCUUGCUAGUGCUGCAGCUGCAGUACAGUUCUGUAGGCACAGUAGGUGCAGCACAAACCAACAUCACCACGGACCAGUCUGCUCCACUUGCUCUCAAAUCCCAUAUCACUAUUGACCCUCACAACAUCUUGGUCAACUGGUCAACCACCACCUCCGUUUGCAAUUGGGUUGGUGUUACUUGUGGCGCUCGCCACCUCACAGUUUCAAUCUUGAACUUCUCUCACAUGGGACUCUCCGGGGCUAACAAACUAUCAGAAAUUCCAAAAGAGAUUGGCUUUUUAGAUCAUGUGGAAGAGUUGUUUGUAAUGUGGAAUGCCCUAAAAGGCCAUGUUCCUAUGGUUGUUUUCAACAUGUCUUCUUUGACUACGUUGACUCUAUAUGGAAACAACUUGAGUGGUGGUCUUCCAGACAAUAUAUGCCAACAUCUUCCUAGUCUUCAAAACUUGAAUUUGGGGGCAAACAAUUUCAGUGGUAGCAUACCAAAAAAUAUUGGGAACUUAACAAUGGUGAAGAAGAUAGAUCUUGGCCUCAACAUUUUGACAGAAUCGCUGGAAAAUUCAUUAGAAUCGAAUAGCAAGCUAUCGGGGAGCCUCCCAGCAAACAUAGGCCUUGGGCUUCCAAACCUACAACACCUUUGUAUAGCAACAAAUGACCUCAGCGGAGUAAUCCCCAACCUCUCCAAUGCUUCUACGCUCAUCAAGAUAGAGUUGCACCAAAACUCAUUUACAGGCAUGAGGGGUAACAUUCCUAUUGGUAUUGGUAACUUGAGCAGCUUGGUACUGUUAUCCAUGAGUGGCAAUCAAUUGAGUGGAUCAAUUCCAACUUCAAUGGGAAGACUUUGGAAUCUCCAAGUUUUGUUUUUGGAUGGUAACAAGUUGCAAGGAUACAUCCCAAAUGAACUUUGUCAACUAGAUUACCUAGCUUACUUAUCUCUGGGUGGAAAUCAGCUCUCUGAGUUGAAAGUUGUGGUAGGCGUAGAUUUAUCAGAUAACCAUUUAUCUGGUGUUAUACCAAGCACCAUUGGGGGUCUUUUGGAUUUGAAAAAUCUAUCCUUGGCAAAUAAUAAUUUAGAUGGCCCUAUUCCAAGUUCAUUUCAGCACUUGAUUAGCCUGGAAUUCUUGGAUUUAUCCAGAAACAAUCUGUCUAGCGUAAUCCCAAGGUCUUUAGAAGCUCUUUUAUUUCUCAACAACCUGGAUUUGUCCUUCAACAGGCUCCAAGGAGAAAUUCCAACAGGUGGACCCUUCCAUAACUUCUCCACUCAAUCAUUUGUCUCAAACAAUGCACUUUGUGGUGCAUCUCGAUUUCAUGUUCCACCAUGCAAAAAUAGUACACUUGAACCAAAUUGGAAGAAAGCUAAAUAUAUCAUCGCAAGGAUCAUAUCAGUAGUUCUCCUAGUCGCCUCUGUAUCUAUCUUUCUACUACAGAGGAAAAGGAAUGUGGAAGUUCCAAUAGAGGCUACCUUGUUCUCUCAACUUCAUUGGAGAAGAGUUUCACACCUUGAACUUCUAAAGGGGACAGAUGGAUUUAAAGAAAAAAAAACUUACUUGGAAGUGGGGAUUUUGGCUCAGUAUAUAAAGGGACACUUUUGGAUGGAAUAG